AUGGCCAACUCCUCGACUUCCCCAACCAACAGCCCUUCUCCUGCCUCUACCAAUGUCGUUCCAGCCGUGGCGAUGUCAACGGCCUCGGCCUCAACGGCUCCGUCAGCGACUGGCGCCGCGCAGCCGUUCCACACGGCUUCGCUGUAUGUCGGAGACAUUCAUCCGGACGUGACGGAGGCAUUGCUAUUUGAAAUUUUUAAUGCUGUGGGACCUGUUGCCAGUAUUCGUGUGUGCCGAGACGCAGUGACCCGUCGCUCGCUGGGCUACGCUUACGUGAACUUUCACAAUGUAGCAGACGCUGAGCGCGCACUGGACACGAUGAAUUUUACAAGCAUUAAGGGCGUGCCAUGUCGUAUUAUGUGGUCGCAGCGUGACCCAUCGCUGCGCAAGUCAGGCGUGGGCAAUAUUUUUGUCAAGAAUCUGGAUACGUCCAUUGAUAACAAGGCGCUGUAUGAUACAUUCUCUUUGUUUGGCAAUAUUCUCAGCUGCAAAGUUGCAAUUGAUCACACGACGGGCAACAGCAAGGGAUACGGCUAUGUGCAUUAUGAGACGGCAGAGGCCGCUACGGAGGCUAUUGCAAAGAUCAACGGUAUGCUUAUUGCAGGCACUGAGGUUUUCGUAGGCCACUUUCAGAAGCGUCAGGAUCGUCCGGACAUUGACGAAUGGACCAAUUGCUAUGUGAAGAACAUUCCCACCCAGUGGACGGAUGCUGACCUAUUUAAGGAGUUUGAGCCGUUUGGCAAUGUUCUUAGCGCUGUUGUGAUGAAGGACAAUGCGAACCCGGACCAAAACCGUGGGUUUGGUUUUGUAAAUUAUGAGGACUCAGAUGCCGCCCACCGGGCCGUGGACGCUCUGAAUGGCAAGGCGUAUCCGACUGGUGAGGGUAUGGAGACGGAGAUUUACGUUGGCAAGGCUCAGAAGCGCUCGGAGCGUGAGCGUGAGCUGCGCAACAAGUUUGAGCAGCUUAAGAUUGAGCGCAUUAACAAAUAUCAGGGCGUCAAUUUGUACGUAAAGAACCUGGAUGACCAGCUAAGCGACGACGAGCUGCGUGAGGCUUUUACAGAAUGCGGCGUUAUUACAUCGUCGCGUGUGAUGCGCGAUCCUAACGGAAAUUCUCGCGGUUUUGGCUUUGUGUGCUUUUCGACUCCCGAAGAGGCGAACAAAGCUGUCGCCGAGAUGAACGGCAAGCUGAUCUCUGGCAAACCUGUUUAUGUGGCUCUUGCUCAACGGAAAGAGGUGCGUCGUGCUCAGCUAGAGGCCCAGCACGCUCAGCAGCGUGCUGGUAUGGCAAUGGGCCGCGGCAUGCCGAUGGGCCAGCCACCCAUGUACGGAGCUGCUCCAAUGUUUUACGGGCAGCCUGGUCAGAUGCCGCCACAGGCUCGCCAGGGCUUUAUGUACCCGCAGCAGAUGAUGCCGCGUGGUGUCCAGCGUGGACCGAUCCCGUACGGUGCCCGCGUGCCUGGUGCUCCAGCUCCGGGUGGCUACCCAAUGCCUGGUUAUGGCAUGCCCAUGCAACAGCAGCGUGGCCAGCCGCGUCGUGGCCGCCAAGGACCUGGUCCGCAGGGACCCCAGGGCGCACCUGCUAAUCGCCGCAACUUCAAGUACACGGCUAACGCUCGCAAUCACCCGGCUCGUGACAUGCCACCUCAGGGUGUGAUGCCGCCUCCCGCUCCCGUACAGAAUGCUGGUCCAGAACCGCUAACGUCGGCUGCUCUGGCCGCAGCUUCACCGGAGAUUCAGAAGAACAUGAUUGGUGAGCGUCUGUAUCCGCUCAUCCACCGCCAGCAGCCUGAGCUAGCUGGCAAGAUCACGGGUAUGCUGCUGGAGAUGGACAACGGCGAGCUGCUGCAUCUGUUGGAGAGUCCGGAGGCUCUGGAGGCUAAGAUUCAGGAGGCUUUGGCUGUGCUGGAAGCCCAUCAGGGCUAA